GUUUGGAGCGAUUUGAGCGAUUGUUGCAAAACGCCAACGCUACCAACCGCAAAAACUGCGUUUGCGGGUGGUAGCGGGAAAACCAGUCAUACCCUCAGUAAGAUAUGAUUUUCGUUUCAAUUGUUUCUUGUCUCCGGUUCGGAAUUAGAAUUAAUCUUAACCGAGAAUUUUAAUUGCCGGUUUGAUUCGGUUUACAUCUCUUCUCGGUUGGGAAUUACAAUUUAUCUUACAAUUUAAAUUGCCGGUUCGGAAAUACAAUUUAUCUUAACCGACAAAUUUAUUUCCGGUUUGAUUCGGUCUAUGAAGAAUCUAAUGGCUCUGUAUUUGAAAUUAAUUGUGCGUGUUGCGAAUAAUUUUCAUGUUAAAAUAACUAAUUUAUUUUGAAAAAAAAAGAAGUAUAGGUUUGUAUAAUUUGAUAUAAAGACCUGAAAUAUAAUUUUGUUGUUGUAGUUGUUUUAAAAUAAAAAAAUAAAAAAAAGAGACAAUUUGCUGCUUUUUUUUUCCAAAUACUUACUUAAUCACACGCUCUGCAUCAUCUUUAUAAUUGACGCUCCAUAAACUAACGUCUCUAUUUCAUCAUCACCAUCGAAAACAAUCAAGAAUCUUUCAAAUUCACCCAACGUCUCUCUUUCCUCUUUUCAUCAUCAGCAUCGACAACAAUCAAGAAUCUUCCAAAUAUAAGGUUUUUUCAUCAAUUUCUCUUUCUCCGAACCAUCUUCUAUCGUUUCUAAAUCAGAUAUCUUUCUUACCCUACGAUUUUUCUUUGGGGGGACUCAAGAAACAGUUUGACAAGCAUUUACCACUUUGCUCUUACGGUAGAGAUGCACACUCUUCGAGAUACUCACACUUAUUGACUUCAAAACCAUCGGUAUUCUCUCUACCUUUCAUCUUCAUCAUCAUCAUCAUCAACAUCAUCGUCAUCCUCAUCAUCAUUUUUUUUCUCUUUUGUAGAAGUAAAAGAAGACUAUUUGGGACCUAGGAUAGAGGGAGACACCGUGACUUCUGACUUUGUAAUGGCCAUGGUGGACUAUCUUAAGAAUCAGAAUAUGUUUCAUCAUCGCUACAUAUAUCAAGUCGUGUCUAAGGUGAUGGAAAACUUACAACAUGCCACCUCUCUAGCAUCCAUAUCCUUACUGGAUGGUGCUCAUAUCACAGUGUGUGGUGAUGUUCAUGGGCACGUAAUAUAACUUCUCUCUUUUUCUCUAAUAUCUAAUCUAUAAUAUCCAAUUAAAUAUUUUAUUUUUAUGCACAGUUUUUGUUGGAAUGAAAAACUUUGUUACGAUGGAGAAAGUGUUUAAGUGUUUGAAGAGAAAAUGUUUUAUAACUCAAGAAGAAGUUUCUUAUUAUUUGAAAGUUUCUUACAAACUUGGAUCUUUCUUCAUGAUACAAAAUGAAAGGGAAGUGGAGGUAUUUAUAGCCUCCAUAAUACAAAAUAUCUCAAAUAUUUUAAUUCUAAAUCUAGAUAAUUCUUAUAUAAUAUCUAGAUUUUCUUAUUCUAAUUAUCUAGAUUUUUCUAUAACAAUAUCUAGAUUUUUUAAGUUAAGGAGGUGGAAGAUUAUUCUAGAAUUUGGGUUAAGGUUUUGGAUCAACACAUGAUUAGGCAAUAAUGCUUAACCCAAAUCAAGUUUACUUUUCAAUACCCCCUCUAAAACUUGAUUUGGUUACUCCGAGUAAGUUCUUCAUCUUAAUAAAAUCUUCCCGCUUAAGUGGCUCGGUGAAGAUGUCAGCUACUUGAUCAUUUGUCUUCACAUACUCUAAUUGCACAUCCAUCUUGGUAACACAUUCUCUAAUGUAGUGAUAACGUGUAUCGAUGUGCUUACUCCGAUCAUGGAAGACUGGAUUCUUCGCCAAUGCUAUUGUCGACUUGUUAUCCACAAAGAUCUUUGUUGGCUCCUCUUGUGGUAGGCUCAACUCCUUUAGCAAGUUUCGUAACCAAAUAGCAUACAUACACAUGAAGUAGCUGCCACAUACUCCGCUUCACAAGUAGAAAGGGUGACAAUCGGUUGCUUCUUUGACAUCCAUGUGAAAGCGGUUUUUCCAAUGAAAAACACAAAGCCACUUGUGCUUUUCCGGUCAUCUACGUCUCCACCCCAAUCGCUAUCGGUAUAUCCAACAAGCUUGUAAUCUUCAGAAAUAGAAUAGUACAAGCCAAAGUUGAUUGUACCUUUGAUAUAGCGUAGGAUCCUCUUAGCUGCCUUGAAAUGAGUUGUAGUUGGAUGCUCCAUGUAUCGACUCACAACUCCAACUGCAUGUAGGAUGUCGGGCCUUGUGCACGUUAGAUAGCGUAAACUUCCAACUAAACUCUUAAAGAGUGUUGGAUCCACAUUCUCUCAUUCUUCUUCCUUUGCCAACUUGACUCCACAUUCCAUUGGCGUGCAAACUGGAUUUGAGUCAUCCAUCUUGAACUUCUUAAGCACCUCUUUUGCAAAGCCUUCUUGAGCAAUAAAGAUUCUAUUUUCUUCUUGCUUUACUUCAAUGCCAAGGUAGUAUGACAUCAAUCCAAUAUCGGUCAUCUCGAACUCCUCUGUCAUCUCCAUCUUGAAAUCUUCAAACAUAAUCGGAUUGUUGCCAGUGAAUAUCAAGUCAUCAGUAUAUAAGCAUGCAAUCAAUAUAUCAUUGUUUUGAGUUUUGAUAUAAAGUGCAUGCUCAUAUGGACACUUGAUGAAGCCUUUCUCCUUGAAGUAUUUAUCAAUCUGAGUGUUCCAUGCUCUUGGUGCUUGUUUUAAUCCAUAAAGCGCUUUCAUCAGCCUUAAGACGUUGUCUUCUUCUCCUUUGACUAUGUAGCCUUGUGGUUGCUCAAUGUAGACUUCUUCCUCAAGGUCUUUAUUUAAGAAGGCUGAUUUUACAUCCAUUUGAUGUAUCCUCCAACUCUUUUGGGCUGCCAAUGAAAUGAUUAGUAUAAUCAUUUCUAAGCAAGCAAUUGGAGCAAAUACCUCAUCGUUGUCGAUCCCGGCUCUUUGACUAUAGCCUUUUGCCACCAAUCUUACCUUGUACCUUUCAACUUCUCCUUUAGAGUUCUUCUUUGCCUUGUACACCCACUUCACACCAAUUGCUUUGUGUCCAUUUGGAAGCGAAGCUAACUCCCAUGUAUCAUUCUUUUGAAUCGAUUUGAUUUUCUCAUCCAUUGCACUUCUCCAUGACUUCUUUUCUUGGGCUUCUUCAAAAUUCAUAGGCUCGCAAUCCGCAAAUAGACAAAAUAGAGUAAGAUUGUCUUGAUCUUCAGUUACCUCGUAGAUGUCUUGAAGACUUCUAAAACGUGGAGUCCUUUCACUUGAGCUUUCAUCUCCUGGAGAACUUGUUGUUGGUGAAGUUGGUGGUGUAGCUGGCUCUUCUCUCGGUUGCUCCACAUUCUCUUCUUCAAGGGAUGGAAAGAAGUUGUCAUCUUCAUUAUUUGAAUCUCCAAUCUCAUUAUCCUUCUUCAUCAAAGAUGACAUUCCGACUAAUGAUUGUCUUCUUUGUUUCAGGAUUAUAGAGCUUGUAGCCUUUGGAGUUAGCGUCAUACCCAAUGAAGAUGUACUUCCCACUUUUAUCAUCUUGUUUGCUCCGCUUCUCGUCUGGAACAUGAGCGUGAGCAAUGCUUCCAAAGACUCUUAGGUGUGAGAUUCCAUGCUUCCUUCCGCUCCAAACUUCUUGUGGUGUCUUUUCUAAAACACUCUUUGUUGGAGAACGGUUUGAUAUAUAAACCGCAAAAGCAACUGCUUCCGCCCAAAACUCUUUUUGUAGCUUCUUACUCUUGAGCAUGCUUCUUGUCAUCUUAAGUAUUGUCCUAUUCUUUUUUUCCGCUACGUGAUUUUGUUGAGGGGUUCUUGGCACCGUCAACUGUCUUCGGAUACCAUUAUCUUCACAAUACUUCCGAAACUCCUUGGACAUGAAUUCUCCUCCUCGAUCCGAUCUCAUAGACUUGAUAUUAAGACCACUUUCUUUCUCAACAUGAACUUUGAACUUUUUGAAAUUUUCAAACACUUCUAAUUUUUGUUUCAAAAAGUAAACCCAUGUUUUUCUUGAAAAGUCAUCAAUAAAGAAAAGGAAGUAGUUACUCUUACCAAGUGAACUUGGUUUGAUCGGGCCACAUACAUCUGUAUGUAUGAGUUCUAGUAGCUUUCUUGCUCUUGUCUCUGAUUCCUUUGGAAAACUCAUCUUGAAUUGCUUUCCAAGCAAGCAACUUUCACACACUUGAUUUGGAUGAUUGAUGCAAGGUAAUUCUUUCACCAUUUCUUUCUUGGAAAGUAUCUCUAAGCCUCCAAAGUUGAAAUUUAGGUUUGAAUCUUGAGGAUUUUAAGGAUAAAUCUUGAGGAUUUUAAGUGUGAACAGAGGGAUGAAUCUUGAGGAUUUUAAGUUCAUAUAUUGGAUGGAGUAUGCUCAUCGUAUGUGGGGAAGAGGUUUAGGGAUCAUGUUUGCUUUGUCUUUUUCAUAUUUUAUGCGUAAAGGGUAUAUUACUCUACGUCUUGGAGUUCAGCUCUCUGGUUUGUUUGCACUUGGUGCUGGUCAAGGUUUCAUUGGUAGGUGGAUGGUUAAAAGUGGCUUAGAGGAGCUGCCGUCUGAAUACUCUCAACCAAAGGUAAGCCCAUACCGUCUUGCAGCUCACCUAACCUCAGCUUUCGCAAUAUAUUGUGGACUUUUCUGGACCGCUCUCUCUGUUGUUAUGCCUGAACACCAGCUGAGUCACUGGCUUGGGUUCGGGGAGCAGCUAAAAGUGAAGAGGCUUGUAUUACCAGUAAGCUUCAUUGUUGGUAUCACUGCCAUCUCUGGAGCCUUUGUUGCUGGAAAUGAUGCUGGUCGUGCAUUCAACACGUUCCCGAAAAUGGGCGAUACAUGGAUCCCAGAUGGUAUAUUUGAGAUGAAACCACUUAUACGCAACUUUUUCGAGAACACAGCAACUGUUCAACUCGAUCAUCGCCUUCUGGCGACCACUACACUGCUCGCGAUUGGAACAAUGUGGUGGUUCACAAGGAAGCUAGACAUACAUCCAGCUGUUAAGGCUUUGAUUGGAAGCACUGUCGGAAUGACUGCUGUUCAGGUGACGUUAGGUGUAUCAACUCUUCUGAGUUAUGUUCCAGUGUCACUAGGGAGUGCACACCAAGCAGGAGCUUUAACACUUCUCACUUUGAUGUUGCUUCUAUAGAAGGAUAUAGAAUAUCAUAGACAUUAUCAGUAAAUAUUGUAUAUUUAUUAUAUAAGAUAUUACAUAUAUUUGUAUCUACAUAGAUUAGGAAAUAUCACUAGUAUAUAUAUGUAUGUAGUUCUAACUAUUAUUCCUAUGAGAGUCAAUACAAUAUUCUUCCAUCUCUUACUCUCAUCAUUCUCUACAUGGUAUCAGAGCCACAAUGAUCUAACGAUCGGCUCCAUUCUUUGGAUUUUUGAACGUUUUAAGCUAUAAAGCUUCUUUUUUUUUUUUCUCAAGCCAUUGAGCUUCUUUUUAUUAUAUUUUCUGUUAAGCUAAGUGCUUCCACCAUUCAUGUUCAAGUGAACCUCUGAAUCUAAGCCAUUGAGCUUUUUAUUAUUCAAGUCUCCAAAGACCUCUAAAUCUAUUUUUUUUUGUGUUUAAUUCUUUUUUUUUACUACGAAAAACAAAAAAAAAAACACAAAGAAAAGAACAUAAAAAAAAAAAAAAAGUUUCCUAUCAUCAACAAGCCAAUGUGCUUCCGUGAACAAGCCAAAGUGCUUCCUUCCAUCAUUCAAGCUCAUCAAACGAGCCUCUGAAUCCAUAAGCAAGCCUCCGAGCUUCUACUUUCUGUUUCCAAGCCAAGGUGUUAGCUUCCUCUCCAACCACUUCACGAUGUCAACAAGAUGUCAAAACACACAAAUCUUAUGUCCUCCGGUCUCUCCGUCAAACAUGACUGCAACAUUCCUCCGUCUCCGAUACUAUAGUUACUGGAUCCACUGCGUUAACAAACACAGAUCAUUGGAUCUCCGCUAUCUUCCGCCACAGAUCCAAGUACUGAAAUCAAAUUACCACACGUCAAUCUCAAGCUUGUCAUUCCACUACAGCUCCAUUACCACCUUGAAAUUGAGGGGGCAUAUAGAAGGAUAUAGAAUAUCAUAGACAUUAUUAGUAAAUAUUGUAUAUUUAUUAUAUAAGAUAUUACAUAUAUUUGUAUCUACAUAGAUCAGGAAAUAUCACUAGUAUAUAUAUGUAUG